UAUGGUUGCGUAGAAUCGAUACAAUUUUAAAUUGAAGGAUUUCUGAAUGACGUUCACUCAAUGUUCGAGUAAACGACAGGACAGGAUAUAUCUCGGUUUUGCUUCUGCCCCCGUCCUUGGCACGACUUACCUCAACUUCUGUGUCAGUACCCCUGCCUGCUUCUCUAUACUGCAGGCAUACAGACUGCCAUCAUCUGCAGGUCACGGUGACGUCAUGCCUGUCCGUGUGCUGUCGGAGGGGGCGGGGCCGGGCGCAGAGGUACCGAAACACCUGACCAGGAUUCCCAUCUCACUCAUCAGCACCAGCACCGACUGCUCCAACAAUACAGUCAAGGGGAAAGUGGUUAGUAAAUGCCCGCCGGUGUCGCCAGCAUCUCAAAACUUCAUCCUGAAGACUGUCAUCCAAGAAGAUGAUUCCCCACAGAACGCCGCGUCUCAGAACCCGUCCAUCAACGUCUUCCUGUUUGGAGCGCUGGCCUGGGACUUCAAUCAAACUGUCAAUCAAGGGGAUCUGGUCGUGGUCACUGGCUUCACUGUGGGGAAAUCUCCCACAUUCAACAAGGACAAGCUGCACCCCUGUAACCUGCAGCUAAAAGGAGACGACGCCUGUGUUUAUGUGUCCCACCUGCCGCCUCCUCCUCCUGAUCCCAGAGCCCUGCGGACCUCCAAGAGGAGGUCUGCUCUCUCCGCCUCCGCUGAGGUUUCCAGGUCGGCCAAGGCUCCAAAACCUGCUUACGUCAAACUGAGUGACCUGCCGAUUGGACCUGUAGUAAACGUGUACGGAGUGGUGGUCUUCUUCAAACAGCCGUACAAGAGUCGCGGCGACGACUUUCACUCAUACUUCAAGAUUACCGAUCAGUCCAACGAGACGAUCAAGUGCACCAUCUUCUGUAAGAAGCUGGAGGACCAUCCUAAAAUCUUUCAAAACGGAGACAUCGUUCGCAUGCACAGAGUCAAGCUUCAGCAACGCAACGACUCCACCUGGCUGGUCAAAUCUCCGGGUUUCUCUGCGUUGACGUUUGACGGAGGGCAAGGCCGAGACAUUGAGCCGCGGACCUCCAGCCUCUCCUUCCACUUUGACCAGGAGGACCGUCGGAUCGUGGAGGAGCUGCGGUCCUGGAGCGCCAGCCAGUCGAUUCUCCCACCUGUUCCCACAGUCCGUCUGUCUGAUGUGCAGCCCAAAGCUUACUUCGACCUGACCUGCCAGCUGCUCGCCAAAGCUCCCAUGGACUCCCGCUGCACCGUGCUGAGGGUGUGGGACGGGACCAAGUGUCCUCACAAUCUACAGAAGGUGAUAGUUGACCCGUACGCCAUGGAGGGACCGUCCUCCUUCUCUAAAAAGAAAGAGAGCCUCAUCGCCAAUAUCCUCGUCUACGACAACCAUGCAGUCUUCUCCACGCAGCUGAAGCCCGGGGACUUCCUGAGAAUCUACAACCUUCGAGUGAUCCCAGGAACCGCUAAGGUGCAGGACCUCACCAGCAGCCAGUCGGAGGAGGAGGUGCAACAGCUGGCCUUUCACCUGCACGGAGGGACGACGUACGGCAGGGGGAUCCGGGUUCUUCCAGAAAACAGCCCCGACGUGCAGGAGCUGAAGAGAGUCAUGGAGACCUUGCCAGAUGAUGAGGAAGAAGAGCUGAAUGACUCCGACUUGUUGGAGAUCUGGAGCACUCCACCAGAGUCUCUGGAUGCUGAAGCAGUGGAGUACAGCACAGAGAGAAGCUGCAGUCACGACGUCCAGCCGGUGACGCUGUCUGAGGUGAAGCGUUCCCAUCCGGGUCGAGUUCACCACGUCAGAGUCCAGCUGAGAUCCUACGAGCCCAGCAGACUCCACCAGGCUCUGAAGCUCUACUGCAGCAAGUGCAGAUCCAUGCAGGACGUCCCAGAUGAUGAAGAGGUGGCGGGCCUCUUCUCUGAGGCGUCCAAGGACUCUGGACCCUGCAGUCCCCCUCCAUGGGCGCUCUCCGGGCAGGUCCGUGUCCCUGCAGAUUCUCCAGGGUCCCCGGAUCGAUCACUGAGUGUUCACCUGUCCACCCAGCUCAUGUCUGAGGACAAAACCAAGGAGCUCAUCUUCCUCAUGGGUUCGACUCUGGAGGAAACGUGUCGACUGUCAGCCGGCUACCACAACAUCGUCCCUGUGAGGUCAUCGGGCGGCGACAUGGCUCUGCUCGACCUGUCUGCACCUUUCCUGUUCAGAGGCAGGAAGAGAUACUACGGGUGUAAGCAGUGCUCUGAGGCUGCAGUGAGGGAACCUUCGUGUGCCGAUGGAUUGGAGCUGAUUGAUGAGAAGAUCGUUGCAGAAGCUCUCGGCGUCCAGCUGCUGCAGUUCGUCCUGCUGAUGAAGCUUGAGCUGCAGGACGCCACCGACACGCUGGACGCCUUCCUGUGGAGAGACGCCGAGUCGUUCUUCGGCGUGAAGGCAGAGGAGGCAGCAGCCAAUCAGGAGGCUCAGAACAUCAUCCGUCAAACAAUGGAGUUCCUCUGUCCAGCAGGGGGCAGCACUGGUGAGCGUCCGUGGAUGGAUUUGUGUCUGACGGCGUACGGAGCAGAGGACGACGGGGGACAGAACCAAACCUGCUAUCAGAUCUGCCACAGCACCAUCACCAGACCCUCGUCCACACGGCCCAACGCCAACCCCGCCUGAACCGCCUGCAGGUCAAAGGUCACAGCUAAACCUGAGUCCUGCUGAAGGAAAAUGUUUCUGUUUAAGUCAAUUUUAGUGUUCAACAAGGUUGUUAUUAGUAUUUAUUGUGUAAAAUUAAAUAAAUGUACAUAAAGUGUGUCUGUUAAAGUUUUUAAAACUGCUGACUGACAUGUGAGUGUUUUCUGUUCAGCCUUUCAAUAAAGUCAUUUACUAUAAACUCUUGUUCUGAU